AGAAAUAUCUACCUGACGGGUCCUUGGGAAAAAAAAGGGCAAACCCUCGUCCCGCACCUGUCCCGCAUCGAGCGACCCACCCAACGCCGGCGCCGGCGGUCGCCCUCGGCAACCACCACUCGAGACUCUUCUCCGCUGCCCGAGUCCAUCCUCCCCCCUUGUACCCCAGGUCUCACCACCACCACCACCACCACCAGUCUUCCUCGUCUCCGACUUGCCUAACCUAAUUCCCCAAUCAUGCCUUUGCCGCUGCCCAGAUCCAUGGUCCUCUCCCCUAUCUCCUUCCAUCUCCCCGCCCCUAUGGAUCCAUACGUCGCCGGCGGCACCACCCGACACUCCGGCCGUCCCGAUUGGGUCUUACUCCACAAUUCGGCUCGUAUCUCGGGACACCGGAACUCGACCACCGCCGGCUGUCACACGAUGGAGGGCCGCCCCAUCGAGGUGUCCUUCUGGCUCGUUGACCCACCGGGAGUCUCCUACUUCUCCGUCCACUGCCCUGGCCUCAGUAAGGACUUCCAGGGCGAGCCCUACGUUCACUGCGCGGAGGCCGCUCUCGUCCUCUUCAGCGUGACCUUUCUCCCCGUCCCUGGCCGGAGAUCCAUCCAGCACUUCGUCUACAGAGCCGGCCCGGGGGCGCCCUCGCUGGACCUGAUUCCCGACCCGGACAAGAUCAGAAGAGGCGAUCGAUAUGGCCUCUUGCCCUGUGGCGAUGACACCGACCACUACGCCGUGGUCUUCCUCGACAGGAAUUUUAUUGCCUAUGACAAGCCCUGGCGUUUCAAUGCUCACGUCUUCUUGUCGGCAACAAGGUCGUGGAGCAGCAAGGUGCCCUUGUCUUGCCUAUCUGAAGAUGAUCAGGCAUUGCUGCUUAAGCAUGGCACCUGCAAGCCGCCGAUCAUGGUAGGAGCAACCUCGCUGGGCUGGGUCGAUCUCUUCAAAGGCAUCCUCCUUCUCUCCGACGUGCUCGGGGACUGCCCUGUGGUCAAGUACAUCCAGUUGCCCGCGUCAAGGGUUUGCCACAUGAACAAGCGUGGCUUCCCUUACACUGCCAAGCAAUACUGUUGUGAUGUCUCCUCCUGCCGCGACAACAGUCUGAUCAAGUUUGUCGAGAUGGAGUUCAAUGAGCCGGACCGCAGGAACAGAGGCGGCCAAGGCUGGAGAGCCAUCAUGUGGGAUACGACGGUGAUUUCAGAUGGUUGGAGCCAGCGCUUCAGAGUUGAUGUUGAUAACAUUUCGGUGGACAGAAGUUAUUCUGGUCUACUGCCUCAGCUGUGGAAUGACGAGACCAGAGAACUAGAACUGAAGAGACUGAUUUUGUAUACCCCCACGCUGAGCGUGCACGACGACAAUCUUCUUUACGUGAUGGCUAAGAUGAACAGUGAAGACGACAAGGCCUGGGUCAUCACCGUCGACAUGAAAUGCGAGGCCGUGGAAGCAAUCGCCCCGUAUUCUACCAGAGGGCGCAAACUCACUUCAUGGCAUAGUCCAUGCACCUUUCCAGAGUACCUCGACCCGGCGACCCCAGGGGAUCAUGUGGCCAUGCACUCUAGGAGGAUUUGUGCGGCGGACUGUGUUCUGCAAAUGCUGUUGACUCGAGACUGGUUCAGGGAAAUUGGUGAACGCUUUGAAUUUGAGAGGCCAACCCACGUUGAGUGCCUGUCACUAAUUCAGUGUUGCCCAGUAUCAUCUGUUCUUUCAGAUAUCCAAGAAGUGGUAAAAUAUGCUUUCUCUACUGGUGAAGGCGAAGCUGCUCCCAAAGCUGUGGAUUUAUGCUCACGAGCUUUUGAAGACUUCGAUGUGCUGCUACGCGAGUUAUUGCAUGAUCCAGCGUCAUCUACCGAAGGCAUGAGUUGCAAAAUCAGUGUUGCCCUUCGAGCUUUAGACAGUAUCUUGGACAUUGUGCCACCAACCUUGAGGGCGCUUGCGGAUGCCUGUCAUCAAAAAGGAGGGAAAACAAUAUUUGAUCUGGGUGAGGAGCCUGGUGAUCCAAAGGACUUGAAACUACAGUGCUCUCCUAAAGCUAACAACCUUACAUGGUGCAAGCAGCCAGUCGUCUAUUCAAAGAACAGAUCUGACGAGUUGCAGCAGUGGGGAUCCAACCUGAUUAACCGUUUCCAGAUAGGAGGGAGGACGGUAUUUGAGCAGGCAAGAGAUACAGAGGACUGGAAAGUGGAGAGCUCUUGUGAUGCUAACAACCUUUCUGGCGGCAAGGACAAGGGCGGAUCUUACGAGGUGCAGCAGGGGAGAUCCAAGCCCAUUAACCGCCGGCAAAGGAAGCGGAACCAGGCACGGGGCAGGGAAGCUGGCCGUGAUGAACGAUUGGUGGUUCCAUAUUGCCGCCAACUGGAGCAGUAUGUGUUGAUUUUCUUGUGCCUGCUCUUCAUUGCCUACAUCUGUGCACCGAUCACUAUGAAGUGGUUAGGCCAUGGCCCUUUAGUAUCCUACUAGUGCAUACAUUCCGUCUAAUAUGUGCACAGUAUCGUCAUAUCUGCAUUAUGUAAGAACAUACUUGCAUUAUGUAAAAACAUAAGCUUAUAUGAGGGGAUGCCUCCUGUGCGUGGAGUAGCAUGGGAUGGUACUGUUGUGGACAAAUUUACAAGCACGUAUGUAUCAGCAGUACACCACCAGGUUUCCUUGUUUCUCUACAAAAUGUGGCCUUUUCCAGCAACUA